UAUUGUGCAGAAAAGAAUUGAACAUGGCGCUACAAUCAAUGGUACCGAUUACCUAAAUGGUUGCAUAUAUAGUUUUCGCGUAGUUUCGCUCUGAUAAAGAUUUGCCAUUACCUGGUGCAUGCUUUGAAAGCUCGAGAAAAAUCAAAAUUUUAUGAAAUAACAACAGUAUCUUCUAAGUGUUGGAAGUGAGUGAAAAUCUCGUCUGUAAGUGUUCAGCAAUUCCGUCAAAAAAGUGAAUGGAUUAUUGUCGAGAUAUUCAAUGAAAAAAACAUCAUUGAACUUUAAAAAUGGUCAAGUAUUUCGAAUCAUCUACUAUUUUUCAAUUUAAUUGGAAUCAAGUAGCUCAAGGUUUUUGGAAGAGAUAUCCUAAUCCUCAUAGCACACACGUACUCACUGAAGAUACAAUAUCUAGAGAAGUUAAAGAUGGAAAAUUAUACUCUAAAAGAUUAUUAACCAAAACAAAUAGGCUUCCUAAAUGGGGCGAAAGAUUUGUGAGCAAAAAUGUUGUCAAAAUUAUUGAAGAAACGAUUGUUGAUCCAAAAGGGAAAACUUUUGUUACGUAUACUCAAAAUCUUGGAUAUACGAAAGUGAUGAGUGUUGUCGAAAAAGUUGUUUACACAGUAUCUGAUGAGAAUCCUGAAUGGACAGUAGCUAAAAGGUCAGCAUGGAUUGAUAGCUCAGUGUUUGGUUUCAGUCGAGCAAUACAAGCAUUUGGCUUGGAAAGAUUUAAGAAAAACUGCUCGAAAAUGACUGGAGGAUUUAAUUAUGUCUUGGCUCAUAUGUUUCCUGAAACAGCUUUACACAUGAGCCCUACUUUAGCACAAAUGGGAUUUGAUAUUAAUGCCAUUUCGUCAGAACCUGAACCAUCAAUGAUUAAAUUAUCUCAUGCAGCUGAAGACUUACAACAUUCAUUGCACGACAAAGCUGAAAAGAUGAAAGAUGCUGCAAAGAAAGCUACCGAUAUGGCGAAAAAGAAAGCCAGUCCUAUGUAUGCAGCAUAUCAAUCGAAUCAGUGAUCACUUUAAAUUAUAAAUAUCAGCUUACAUAGAUGUUUUUUUUUUAAAAACGAAAAUUUAUCUCAAGACCUUAUUUUCUCUUUUAUUAAAAAUUGUAAAUCGUACUAAAUAGCUGCAUGUAUCAAGCAUUCCUCAGCUGAAAUUAAGAGAUUGUAAGAAACAUUUUUUUUUGAGAGAAAAACUUAUCAUGGACGCGCAAAUAUGCAUUUGUAAAUGUUACCACCUAAAUGUUCAGAUGUCAUCAAAUUAUAAAUGAAUUAUCAUCGGUAGUCAUUUAUUUGUCAUACGUAAAUCACAAAGUAUAUUCAAAAAUGUAUUUAGAUUAUCGUACUUAUAAAGUAAAAAAUAAUUAUAUUCUGUAUAUAGUAAAUACUUUUAUGUAAAAAAACUAGCU